AUGAUGGCUACCGUAGCGGAUACACUGACAGAUGCAGGACAUGAUGUGGUAUGUUGUGAAACUCAAUUGAAAAAAGGAAAUUGUACUUUCAGACCAUUCUCAUGCCAGUGAUUGACGUGAACGAGAGAAAUCGAACCGCUUUGAAGUCAACGAAAAAACAGAUUUUCGUAGAAGCAGAUGAUAAAGUGAUUGCACAAAUGGAAGGCACCAGAGAGUUCUUGGCAAACUUGUGGACCACUGAUUUUUCGAAUCCAUUGAAUAUGCUGCUCAGCCCGAACGCGUUGGUCCCACUGUUUGGAGCUCAAUGCGACAGUCAGUCUAACAAAAUUUCGAAUUAAAAACGUUUCAAAUGUCUCUUUUUCAGAAGUUAUGCAGUCAAAGGAACUUCUGGAGCAACUAAAGUCGGAAAACUUCGAUUUAGCUAUUACGGAACCAUUUGACAGUUGUGCUUAUGGUCCGUUUGAACUUUUUAGCACUUGUAAACAGUUCGAAUUCAGGAAUUUUUGAGUAUCUUCAAGUUCCUGCACACGUGUCAGUGAUAUCUUGUGGCCGAAUGGAUCAUGUGAGCGAUGCGAUUGGCCAGCCGAUUGCUCCCAGUUAUGUUCCCGGAACUCAAAGUGUUUACGGAGAUCAGAUGAAUACUGUGCAGCGGUUCUUGAAUUUGCUUCAAUUUUACGCUGGUUACUACAAAUUUGCCGAUAUCGCAGAAUAUGAGUUUGAAAGCGCCAAAAGAUUUUUGGGAAUCAAUCGAUCUUGGAAGGUACGCUCGUCUUUGAGUUCUUUUUUCUGUCAACGUUCAGAAAAUUUUCAGGAAAUAUUACCGGAGGCCUCAUUCCUUUUAACUAACCACAUUCCUAUUCUCGAAUUUCCCGCUCCCACGUUUGAUAAAAUCAUUCCAAUUGGUGGAAUAUCGGUGAACACAGAUAGAAAGAACAUGAAACUGCCCGAAAAAUGGGACACUAUUCUAUCGAUGAGGAAAAAGAAUGUGUUGAUAUCGUUUGGCUCAAACAUCAAAUCGAUGGACAUGCCCGACGAGUUCAGGUGCGUUUAGUAUCAACUUUUUUCGGGAAAAAACUAAUUUUUUUCAGAGAUUCUCUCAUUGCUCUUUUCCAAUUAAUGCCUGAUACCACAUUCAUCUGGAAGUACGAAAACCUGGCGGAUAAAAAGUUAACGUGUGGAAUUCUGAAUGUAAACCGUGGAGAAUGGCUUCCACAGAACGAAUUGCUUGCCGAUCCGCGACUGAAUGCAUUUAUCACUCAUGGAGGACUCGGAAGUAUUACCGAGUUGGCAAUGAUGGGCAAGCCGGCAGUCGUGGUAUUGAAAAAAACAGAACAGGUAUUAAGAAAAAGUAUUCCAUUCAGGUUCCAGUGUUCGCCGAUCAACCCAGAAAUGCUGAGAUGCUCAAAAAACAUGGCGGAGCUGCAGUUUUGCACAAAACAGAUCUGAAGAAUCCGAAACUCAUCGAGCAAGCUUUGAGAAAAGUUAUGGAAGACGAAAGGUAUCGAGAGGAAGAUAAUAAUGUUGCUUUUUUUGACAUUUUUUAUUUUAGCUACCGAAAAAACGCCGAACGAUUGGCUGAAAUGCUCAAUAAUCAGCCGACUAACGCAAAGGAAACAUUGGUGAAAUACGUGGAAUUCGCCGCUCGGUUUGUCUAUUCAUUUUUCCUUCAGCUAUGAUAAACAUUUUGGUUCAGAUUUGGAAAACUACCGUCCAUGGACCCUCAUGGUAGGAAACAGACCUUCAUUGAGUACUAUUUGCUGGACGUGUUAGCCAUUGCACUGUUUUUGGUUUCGGCUGUAAUUUACAUAGCUUUCAAGAUUGUUUUCUUCAUUGUUCGAAAAUGUUCUCCGCGUAAAAGAGUGAAAUUUGAGUGAAAUAAAACGUUUGUGUGUGUUGCAGGCUAAACACUUGCCAAAAUGUGGUUUGUGAUCACAAAAAGGCGGGUUUGUUCUAAUAUUGCGCAAUCAGAGUGAAGGCACUCUCCGACGAGUAUCUUAGUUCUUUCAAAGUCUUUUUUGCAGAUUGUGAGAAGAAAAAUGAAAAUCUUUAUCAUUUUAAUAUUGAUAACUGCUUCGGAAUCGUUGAACAUUCUUGUUUAUUCACCUGCUUUUGCUCCAAGUCAUUGUAAUUUCUUUGGAAAACUAGCAGAUACACUGACAGAAAGAAGACAUAAUGUGGUACGUACUUUUGCUUUUUUGUUUAUCAGGUGUACAUUACUGUGCUUCAAGACGUAUCUAAUGCCUCUGAUUGACCCUUCGAAAAGAGAUGCAUGUAUUGGAGUGAAGCUAACAAAAGACGUUGUGAUAGUCGAGGAAGAGAGUUUGAAUACGAAGAAAAAAGCAGAAGCUGCGCUUUCUCCUGAAGCAAUCACCAAUUUUUGGAGAGCUACGUCCAAUUCCUCCAACAUUCGAGAGGUUUGAAAGAUAUAUUCUAUAUUCAAAACCAUUUUCCUUUCAGAGUUGCAAAUGGUUCAAUAACGCUCAAAAAGUUGGAUGUGAGUACUUUUUGAGUCGACGCGAUGUCUUUUAUCAAAUGAAAGAACGAAACUUCGAUAUUGCUAUUCUUGAGCCGAUUUCUGCUUGCGGGCUAGGUUUUGUGAGCGCUCUUGGCAUUGAAAAAACGAUUUUGGCGUCAUCUUUGAUUUUCUUCGAUGUAAUCUUUCCGUAUAUCGGAGAACCAUUCGAUUACAGCUCAACGCCAGGUACAAUUGAUAUUAUACAGUGCAUGUCAUAUCUAUAAGACCCCCCCCCCCCUCAAUAUUGGGCCCCGCGACCAAACCAAAAAAGAAAUAAAAAAUCUGUUAAUGCCAAUCGAUUUGGCAUAUAGAAUAACCCCCGUGGACAAAUUUUCAUGAUCAUACCACAUUACAUUGGCAUUCAUAGAUUUUUGAUAUAUUUUUUGGUUUGGUCCCGGAGCCCACAACUGAGGGGAGGGUCUUAUUGAUAUGACAUGCACUGUUCAUGAAUCCAUUAACUUCUCAACAGGAGCAUUCGGAGCAUUCCGCCCAGAAAUGACAAUGGCUGAGAAAUAUGAAAACUGGCAAAUAACCAAAGAGAUAAACAAAGGAAUUGAGGAGACAUAUGAAGAAGAGAUGAAAAUAUGCAGAAAAUAUCAUGGAAGUCAGAUUCCCGAUUGGAGGGACUUGAUUGCCCAAACUUCUCUGGUCUUCAUCAACUCGAAUCCUUAUCUCGAUUUUCCCCGCCCAUUGCUUCCAAAAACGAUCCCGAUUGGUGGAAUUUCGGUUAAUUUGGAAUGGAUCAAACAGCAGAAAAUAUCCGAGGAAUGGGAGAACGUGCUGCGUGUGCGGCCGUAUUCAAUGCUCAUUUCCUUUGGUUCUAUGCUACAAACAACGUACAUGCCGGAAACUUGGAGGUUGGUCUUUGUUGGUUUUAUUAAAAUUAGUGAAUACUUGUUGAGGAGGAACAUACUGGCAUCGAUCAAACAGUUGCCAAACGUUACAUUCAUUUGGAAAUACGAAACGGAAGAUGUUGCAUUUGCGGAUGGAGUUGAAAAUAUUCAUUUCUCGAAAUGGGUUCCACAAACUGCACUCCUGAACCACCCUCGUCUGACUGCUUUCCUCACUCAUGGUGGACUUGGAAGCACUUGGGAACUGGCGUACACUGGAAAACCAGCCGUUGUGAUUCCGAUAUUUGCCGAUCAACUCAGAAAUGCUCACAUGCUCGAGCAGCAUCACGGAGUCGUUGCUGUGGACAAAGAAGAUCUAGAACACGAAACGGUUAUUAAGGAAGCAAUCGAAUCAGUGCUCUUCAAUGAAGAAUAUAAGAUACAUGCUGCAAAAACUGCUGAACUACUCGCAAAUCAACCGAUUUCUCCUAAAGAUCUGGUCAUCAAACACACUGAAUUUGUCGGAAAGUACGUGGGGUUAGGUUGUUGAUUUGCAAACUCAUUAUUUUACAGAUAUGGACCAUUCUCACAGUCCUCUCCUUACGGCCGGCAGCUGAACUUCUUCCAGAGAAAUUUUUUGGACAUCUAUGCGUAUUUUGCAUGCCAAUUCCUAUUUGUUAUUAUUUUGACUUCGGUUGUCUUUUGUUUUCUUUACAAAUUCUUAAUCGAGAAAGUAAGAAAAUCACAAAAACGUUUUAAAGGCGAUUAGUCAUUAUUCCUGCUGUCAAAAUGUAUAAUAAACUCAACUCAAAGCACAAUCAGUCUCAACAAAGUAUGUAUAUUCGCCCCUAUGCAUUCGUCCCCUCUCUUCAAGGAAAGCCAUUUGUUUUUUCACUCGUUCGGAUGAAUUCAAUAAAAAGCGACCUUCCGUCGAACGAUGCUCCUAAACUGUCCGUCGGAAUGACACAAUAUCAGUCUCGCCAUAAGAGGACGGACAUGUUGAGAAAAAGUGGCCGUAGAGAAGGAUCCUUGAAUGAAAAGACCACGUCCUGUGUUCAUCGAAGCGUGUCGAAUUCCCCCAAAACAUUCAGAUUCCCCUUGACGCAGUCCGUUUCCUAGUCUAGUUGGUUUCGCGUGUGUGGGCGUUUCUAGUAAAAACGUGCAUCAACUGAAAGAGCUCUCAGAUGAUCACAUGAUAUGCACAUGUUAACGGUUCACUGCAUCACAGAUGCUUGAUGUUUCGAGCAGAGAGACUGCAAACCUCAUUGUGAUUAAGAAUUAGGAAUUAGGAAUUUCGGUUUCACCAGCUGACGCUUUGAUUUCAAUAACUAGCCUGUAUUUCCAUUAAUACGGGAAGAAAAGACACUUGUUUCCAGAAAUGAGUCUUGAAACGGAAUAAUUCGCUAUUUGACUUCCGAGCCCCCGAAAUUUGGUGGCGAUGGCCAUCUGAAGCCGGCUUCACAUUCUGGCGGCUAUUUGUUGGCCACAACUUCAUUCUGGGACGGAGACACGCGGAUACCGUAGUCUUCGAGGAAAGUGGAAAGCAGCGAUGAAUGGGUUGGAAAAAGUGGGAAAGGAAUACAGCGGGACUUAUAACGGAAAUUGUGGCAGGCUGACAAAUGACGCUGCAGAGGAAAGUGGUACGGUAAGCAAAGUAUAAAGAAUACUGAAAAUAACUUGAGACGACAAUCUCAAAAGCUUGUAUUCCUUUUCUUUCAUCAAUCUAAUGGUGCAUCGAGAACUAGGGAUUUUUUCAAUAAGACCUGUACUUUGCGGAAAAACAUUAUUACCGUUUGAUUCAGCAAGUUUAGAAGCAGUGAUCCAAAUCGAAUGUGCUACAUUGGUGCGUAGUCUCAUUCACUUAUUUCUGUCUCUUUUGUUUAUGUGAGAUAUAACGGAAAACUAAUGAAGUUGACGAGGCAGAAAGUUUGUAAUAUGCUAAUUGGAAUCAAAGGCACAAACUAAACUCUAACUAUGUCCACAGAAAACGUAACGAAGAACUUCCCGGGAAAAAUCGUUCAAGCGUCGAUUAAGAGAUUUUCUAGUGCUCGGAACUCGUCACAAAAGGUGUUGCUUCGAUGGACAGGUGUGCGCGGGACGCUCGGCAGAAGUGCCGUGUACAACGGACUCGGAUCCGAGACACAGGGCUUUGCACUUCUUUCCACAUCAGUAGAUUCUGAUUGAGAACAUUGUUUGGAGCGAACAAAUGAUGUCCAUCUGUCAUAAGUCGAACAUGGCAGGUAGUUCGGGACGGAAGCACUCAUAAUCCAUUGAAGAUUGUCUGUGGAAGAACAUGGUGAAAACUCCGCCUUCUGGCAAAGACGAUUGGUCCGGGAAUAGAAGCAAAAAGUCAGCGACGUGGAGGUGAGACGGAGAGAACGUGUCCGGGCGCGGCUCUUUUCAAUUGUCACCGUUGGCCGAGACGACGCUUCUUCACUAUAUCGUUGUCGUCGUCGGCGUCGUCUUUUUUUCUCUUCAGAAAGUUUCGUGAACAGAGGAUCCUCCUGUCUCUCCGCCGUUUCUUUCCCAUUCUAACACAUCCACAUAUAUCCACACUCAUACAUACACUGAAUUUCACGCUACACGUCACCGAAAUCCUCGAUCGAAAAGUUUGUGACGGUCGAGUCAACAAGAGCGAACGCGGUGAGUUCAGCUGUUUCUCAAGGUGUCAUCAUGUUAACCUGUGAUGAAGAAGCCUGUGACUCUGUGGUGCGCAGACUGCUCACUUCGCUUAGCACUUUCACCGUCUCCCUAAUGAGGUGCACCCAUGCACCGUCAAAGAAGGGGAGGGGCGAGAGGUACCAACCUUUUUGAUUACGACUUUUCGUGUUCUCAAGCUCAUCCCUUCUAAUCAUCUGAAACAGACUUUACGGUUGACAUCACUGAAUUCGCCGCUCGAUUGGCUGAUGUGAGUUUGUUCAAUUUGAACCAAUGUUCGCACUUUUCUCCUUUCUAAGUAAAUUUUGUCAGAAAAAUGCUAGUGGUGUAGCUAAAAAUUCUCCAGAAGCCACUUUAUGCGGGCCCUCAGCAAUUCAUUGUGUAUGUACAUUCGCAUGUGUCCAUCUAUGACUCCAAAUUCCAUUAGCCAUCUACCGUAUCUGUAUAUCCGGUGUGUAGGGGCGCAGCUUGCCAACAAUCAUCCCUCCACUCCUCUCUUGUCCACCGACGACGUACAACUCCAAUUUUCAAAACUUUGUUGCGAAUACCACCACCAUCACCACACUCAAAGUUUAUCGUUUUUCCCACCCGUUCCGUUCCGUUUUCCAACAUUUUGUCGCCCUCGACGGUUUUUGUAAUUGGCAAUGAAUUGACACCCAUUAACCGGCACACCCGCUGUUCGAAAGAUGUCAUAACGAAAGCGUCGUUUGAUGGAGGUCUUUGUCCGCGCCUAUCGCUCUCUCCACUGGCUGCUGCUGCCCUGGCGCUUUCGAGGUGUUCGCCCCGGGCACCACUGUCAAAGUCAAGUGUCGAAAAUGGUGCUAUCCCGAAUUACAUAGAGAGUAGUCUCCCUUCUCCAUCAAACGCCGUCGUUUUUUUCUGGCUCUCUUCCAACUUGUCAUUACGCUCCAAUUGGGCCGCAGUUUGCCAGACAAGGUGGUUGAAGCAUGGCAAGUGCCACUUCCCACAAAGUUAUAUGGCACCGGGGGGGACUUAGGAUUGAACGGAAGUGGCUACUCUUGGGGGGUGAGAUAUGUUAUCAGUGAUGGGAAUCUCACAUCUACCGUAACCCAUUACCUCACAAUUAUCCCGGUUGUCUUUAUCGUCAUAGUGAUUUGUUUCACCAGACUGAGAAAUUCCUUAAGAAAUACCUGUAAAUGACAGAAAAGCAGACAAUUGACUUUUUGACUAGUGUUUAUUCACUUUCGGAGUUUUGAACGUUUUAUUAAACUCAAAUAAGAGUGACUCAAGAGAGAUUCAAAUCACAAUCAUUACUGCGUUUAUGAGUUCAGAUGAAGUUCAAGAUAGAAACCCUUUUUUCUCGGAAAUGAGCCCAGUUUUAUUUAUAUACUCGUUCUCUAGAUCUUGAUCUUUCUUUAGUUUCUAUCCAACCCAUAUUUGGCUUGUUUUUCUAUAUUAGCUACAAUCAUCGUACCUGUCGGCUUCUUCCGACCUUUCUUUGCUCUUCCUGUGGUCCCCCAGUCCUACAUGUUGCUAAUUAUGUGUUGUCGGCACGUACCCGGAUUAACUUUGACUACAAAACAUAUGUCAUAUGUUGCUUCAUCUUCUGGGUCACUAAUUUGCGAUUAGCUUCCACUUCCGUUCUAAUUAGGACCCUACCGUACCUACAGGUAGAUGAGCAUGUGCUCGCCGAGCUCGCCGUUGCUAAGCAAUGGAAAGAGAGAGAGAGAGAGAGAAAGAGAGAGCUUACCUCGAAAAAGGUAUCGCAAACUUUUGACGUCGCUGAAACUAUCUACAAAAAAGGGUAUCUCAUUAGAACAUGGUUCGUCAGUUUGCACACUGAUAUGAAUCACAUGAACUAGAAUAUGAAUGCGAAUGCAAAUGUUAGUGCAUGUACCCUUUUGAAUCAUCUUUUCAAGAGUUUUCUGUUUUUGUAUGUACACACCACACAGUACUCAAACCACCCGCUCAUUACCACAUUACUCCGCUAUGCAUUUGAUAUUGGACACCCGCCAUUGUGAGCGAUGUCUUCAACGUUUCCCGCAACGGAGACCGUGACUGUCAUUAUUGUAAUUUCGUGUGUAUAUGGGUCCAUUUUCUAAUUAACACACAAAAAUUGUUAUGGAUGCGCCGUGGGGCCGCUGACGGUGGCGGCGGCGGCUGCGUGACAGGUUAUAAAAGAACAAAUAGUUGGACACCACUUUCUACCUGACAUACGGUAAUAACCACCCACUAUUCGCACUCUUUUUGACCGGUAUCUUUCCCUCUUGUCACUUUUGCUACAGUAACUUCUACUCUGAAAUCAUUGUUGCUACAAGGAGGGAUGAAAUGGAAUCUCUUAAACGAUCUAGGCUCUCACUCCCUCCGACAAAAUAUUGUGGCUCUUGACUCUCCGCAGGUUCAUCUCAUUUUCCGCUCCCUCCUCGACCAAUUAAUCACAAUUGAGGAGUCCACAAGUGUUAUUUUUCUCAGAAGUGUCCAAGUAUGAGACCAUCUGCUAGCUCGUGUCAUUCAUACUCUUAUUCAGUCAGUCAGAGGGGGAUCGCAGCACAUUCUGUCAUCUACGCAACUCUAUUAAGCGCUUAUUGUUUGAUUGAUUACAAAUGAAUUGUUUAGUAGAAAUUUAGAAAUUCUGAAUUUGUCGCAACUGUUAUUAAUUUGCUGCUAACUUUUCUUUGAAGAUAGUUUGCUCCAGAAGCAAUUUGUAGACAGCUGGUUGAAAAAAGUUUCUCCACUUUCUAGAUUCUUUUUUGAGACAGGCAACAUUGACAAAUAGAAAAAUAGUGAAAUGGAAAUGUAAAUAAAGGAGAAAUUUUAGAAAUAUAGACUAACUUGCGUGAAAUUUGUUACCUAACACGACUCGAGGAACUGUUACCCAACAGAACAACGGGUUGCACAAGUAACUCGUCCGGUCUCGUCAGCACUGUCAACCGGAAGACAAUUAUCGUGUCCUUUCUAUCAGUACAACACUCACUUGUCUCCGCAGAUAAGGUGGUAGAUCAAGAUAGGGACCACCAGUUGCGCACGGGAACAUAAUCCUCACUUUGGCACACGGGGGUCUUGGGUCGGGGCACAAUAGUUUUCCCUACUUGGCCACUUUCACUGAAUGUUAUUGCCCUAGUGUUUGUAUGGUAUUGAUUGAUAGACGUUGGAUGAAAAACAUAUGAAAAGAGGAUAAGGAGGGUUGUGUACUACAGAAUCCCUUGUGAAGAUCAACGAGUUUACAAAGUCUCUUUCGAUUUUUUCCUCCUUCUGUCUUCAGUGUCUUUCGAUGAAUCAGAAGACACGUGACUGCCGCCUACCGUAACCGAAUUCAUUGAUCUGCAACACACAUCUUGUGCUUUUUAUAAACAUCCGUGAAAUACAUGAAAAAUAUGUGGCAGUUCUUUUUGUCAGAACACUCCAACAGCUGGAAAGACUGAACUCACUUGAAAAACUAUGCGAUCAUUUCACUCUCACUUGGCAAGUGACUCUCAGCACAAAUGUGCACUUUAGUUUUAAUAGUUUCCUUCUAAUUUUUUUGAUUUGAAAUGUUUUUCACAGUAAUAAGGCAAGCAGAAAGGUAUGAGAGGCACGGUGGGAAACUCAGCAAAUUGCUCAUAGAAAUGACGAGGAAUAGAGCCGCGAAGUAGUCGUUUGGGUAGAGUUUGCGAGAAAAACACACAAAAACUGAAGGAAUCCAGCGAGGGGAACAGAAUUUCAACAUUAGGCGGAAUUGAAGUGAAACGGAGCGCAAAGCUAGGAAGAACAUUAGCUCAUCGAACCGCAUGUAUAUUGCGCGUGUUUCUCCUCCGCUCAGUCUUUUUCGGUGUGAAUUUACUAGACACCCUCUCUCCAACUAUCUGUAUUUGUGUCACUCGUCAGGCUCUCGUGAUAAGGACAAACGAUGACAACGCGGAGGUAUGUUUCAAAACACUCCCUCCCUCAGUAGCCACUGACCAGCAUGGGAAGGGCGGGGCGUAGGACUACGGUGCGCGUGACGUAUGAACCAAUGGUAGCAAGCGUCUAUUGAAUGACACACUCACACCGAUUGCAAAGCACUUUCUAUGGUUUAACUACCUUUUGAUCCGGUUCAUGCUCAAUUUUCAUUAAGGAGCCCUUCCUUUACUUUUCAGCUCUUUCUUGUUGAUAUUUCCGUUUUCUCUCAUUACCAUUGUCAUAGUUGAGGCUUUAUAAUUUAUGGAUGUAUUCAUUUCAAGUUUGAAACAUUCUAAUCUGCUCUUAUCUGUUAUUAUCAGAAGGUGCGACUGACCUUUUGACACGCUCGUCAAAUCAAGUGUACCGACCGUGAAAACGAAAAACCCCAACGUCGAGAUUGCCUUGGGAUUGCCUCCUAAGUUCUCGCUUCAUUGAACCUUGUUAGCUAAACUGACAAUUAUUGUAAGAUAUCCCCCCCCCCCCCCUUCCUUCCAUCCUCUUGAGUGAUUAUCCGAACACUUUUACUAUCACCUAAUCUCCGUGACAUGUUUCAGAUCUGCUCGAGCGGACGCGUCAGGGCGUUACCCCCAACUGACUUAUGACAGUCGAAGACGAUCAAAAUUGCUCCGACAAAAUGUCGACAGGUACGUCUGAAUUUGUAAAACAAUUGUGUUUUAAGCUUCAUCCAUGUCAUUAUUAAUAAUCUCAAAGUUUGAAGUUUUAGAUAUUCUGCCCAAUUCUUUUUUUUCUCUCUUUUUAAAGCUCCAUCCUGUCCUCACUUUUUCUCCUUAAUUUUUACUACAUUCCUCCUAGAACAUUUUUGGAACCAAAACUCUCCUAAUUCGUUUUUGUUUUCAAAUACUUCUUCAGUAUUGAUUCCUAUCAUCUUCCUCUUCCCAUUCCAUCGCCGUUCAUCCCGUUUUCGCCAUCAUCCUCCACCUCCUACAGUAUUUCGAAAUUCUGCGAGCGAGAAAAUCUUCUUCUCCAUCGGCUUUUCCCCAUCCUUCUACGCCCUCUGAUUCACUUUAUAUCUAGAAAAUAUUGCUUCUCGAUCUAAGCAAUUAGUCGCGGGGACUUGGAAAUUAAAAUUGCAUUUGCAUCCGUCUUAGGUCAGCAAAAAGCAGCCCGAAAGAACUAGCGGGAGAUUUCGGAAAAUGAUUUGAUUCGCCGAUUCGUAGGGAAUGAAUGAGCAGUAGUAGUAGCCUGCUCUGUUCCGUCGUAAAAUUUUCGAGUGAGAUGAUGAUAGUUAGGUUAGGAUGACUUUUUUCUCCAUUUCUCCUCAAUUCGCCACGCUUUGACCUCGAACGUAAAAUGCGAUGAAGGCACACCGCAACGACUGUCUUUUUUGCCCCUCUCAUAAAAAUAAACGGUUAUUGUGGUGGUCAUGACAAGUUUUGUGUUGAAUUGAGAGAAUUUUCGAAGAGAGGGACGAACAAGUGUUGAAAAGAGGAGAAAAUGGAAAAUAGAAAAUGACGAAGCGGCUCUGUCUGUUGCAAAACGUUUUGGGAAGAGAAGCGACUGACGUAGAAGGAGGGUGCUAACUUGUAUGUAACACCUAAUUGUUCCAGUCGACCAGAAAAGUGGGAGGUUCUUGAUUUCACUUCCAUCAUUUCAUUCCAUUUCGAUGUUUGUGUUUCAGAUGCAAUUUGUCCCAAACCCAAACUCAUUCUUAGUCUUUCUUUGACCACACGCGGAGCACAAUCUCAAUUUCACACCUGCAUACACACAUUCAUUCAGGAAGCGCACCUCCGCUUAUAGGCCCUGUUAUUCAGUAUGCAUGUACAUAUUUGGCAAAGCGGGAGAGCCCGCAACUCGAAGAAUUUUCCCCAGUAGAAUCGGGAGGCAAGGGAAAUAGGAAUACUUUUUGUCUCGGCGGGACUUUGAUUCAAUGUCUAUGUCAAUGGCGCAACAAAAGAUGAUUACAACUCCAGAUGGUGGUUCAGGAAGGAAGUCGGGGGAAAAAAGUUAGUUGUGCAACCGGGCAAUUAGUCAAUCGACUUGUUUCUUUCCUCAUCUAGAUUUAAUCUGACAACGUUUACCAAUAUUACCCGAUAGAUAGCUGGAUAAAGUGGCUGGCAAUACUCUUGCGCAACGCUCUCAGUCCAUUGGAAGCCUUCGUUAGUCGUUUGGUUUGGUCCUUUCCCAGCCCGGCCCGGCACCCACUCGGAAACAGUCACCAUAUGGGACUCUCUUGUCGGGAACGUGAACACUAACACAAAUGAACGCUGUCAUCAAUAUGUUGAUAUUAAUACAGUGUCUGCGGCGGAUAACAUAUGAGGUGAGAGGGAGGCAGAUUUGACUGCUGUCGAAGGAUUAGCUCCAAGCACUAUUGCGCAAUCAACCACCCACAGGUACCCAUGGCGGCAAGACGUUUCUUGUAAUUAUGAGGUGAAUUCCUCCGGAAACAGCUUGCUACCAAUACGGAAAACAUGUGUUCAUCGGAGACGUCGGCGAGCUCUGUGAGAGAAAGGGAGAUUUUGAACGAUUCAUUGUUUAUAAAUCAAAAGCGCAGGGGGAAAAGGGAAAAUAAACUGAUGAGAUUUCAAAACAUAACAUGGGGCAGCCUCCCUGACAGUUUAUUAGCUUCUGUUCAAUCGCUUUCUUCUAUUUGCCUGUAAGUUUUCAUUUUGAUUUCACAAAAUCCAUCAAAUCCGGAGUUCCAACAUUAGGCCUAAUCCAAUUCAAAUCUCUCCCUCUCUCUCUCUCUCUCUCUCUCUCUCUCUCUUCCCCUCUUCUUUCCUUUGUCUCAGCUAUAAUUAAAGGUUUGCGGGUGGCUUCCGGCACCGGCAUCUCGUUAGCCAGUUGCGAGAUUCGCGGGCUCACUGACCCGUACUCAAUUACGGCACACACAGGACAUAGAGCACUCAUUUACCUUCUGUUUUGUAAUAACAAUAUCAAUCGAAGACAGUCUUAUUAUUGUUUCAAAAAAACGAUGAACGGGAUCAAGAAUGAGGGUUGAAUGGAACAAGUUGACUUGCAGAUGCUGGCCAUACUGGUGUGAAUCAACUUGGAGGCGUGUUUGUUAAUGGCCGACCGCUUCCGGACGCGACACGCCAGAAAAUCGUGGAUUUAGCACACAAUGGAUGUCGGCCUUGUGAUAUCAGUCGCCUUCUGCAGGUUUCCAACGGGUUUGUCGCUUUUAUUUCCAUUUUAAAUCAAUUACACGGUUCUUAAGUUCACUUUUUCCUGAAUUAAGACGGAGAGUGUGCACCUUGACGUCUUUUUAGACGGCGGGUCUCGCAUAGAGCGAAGUUUUUCAUUUUUCAAGCAAGCGAGUAGUUGUGCGCCUUGAAAUUUAAGGAGGAAACGUCACAUCACAAAUUUGUUUAUUUUUGAGGAAAAAAAACUGAAUUCCGACAGUUUUUUGUUACUACCGUUAAGAAACUGAGCGAAAACCGUAGUUUUUCUUGUACCUUUAAAAACACCUCGAAAAACGAUCAUUAUGCCAAAAAUGUGAAAAAAAUGAUCUACACAGCAUCCAUCUCGAAUUUAAAAGAGCAAAUGUUGAUCUCGCAUCGCUAGCCUGUAACAUAUUGCUCCGUGCGAGACCCUACAGCACAACAAUUACAAUUUACGACUUGAGUCAAGUUGUACAUGCUUUCACUUUUUUUUUUCAAAUUUUAUAGAGCUAUUUCGGUAAUUGCUACACGUUCCGCUCCAUAAUUCCUAUUCACAACACGAUAUAGAUUUAUCAAAUAUUUCAAGGUCAUGUGGAUAGCAGACAGUUGUGUUUGGUGAAAUAAUUGAAAUUUGAUUCAAUUAACAACUAUUUGAUAAUAAAUUUCUGUCUCAGAAUGAACAAACAUUCAUUCGUCGUCUUCUUUCCACCUUCCCUUUUGAAUAAGCCAACAUUUGUGCGACAGAUUGGAAAAGGUGGCAGCUGGGACUUAUCUGCCGCAAAAGGUGUCAAGAGUCUCACCUCUCCCCCAUCCUCCGUACCAUCCUUCUUCUCAUCCCGCUUAUCGCUUUUUAUUUUUAGGUGUGUUUCCAAAAUCUUGUGCCGGUAUUACGAGUCAGGAACUAUUAGGCCGCGGGCAAUCGGCGGCUCCAAACCCAGGUUCGUGGGCGUUUCCUCCGCCGCAAGUUUGGUUUGCUAUCGAUCUUUCGUUUCAGGGUGGCCACAUCAGACGUUGUUGAGAAGAUAGAAGAGUACAAACGCGAUCAGCCCAGCAUAUUUGCGUGGGAAAUCAGAGACAAAUUGCUGGCCGACAGUAUUUGCAACAGCGAGACAAUACCAAGUGUAAGUUUCGAUUUAAGUUUAAAUUUGAGAUUUUAUGUUCAGGUAUCUUCCAUAAAUCGGGUAUUACGGAACUUAGCAGCAAAGAAAGAGCAGAUCACAAUGCAGUCAGAAAUUUACGAUAGGAUUCGAAUGGUGGACAAUUUUGCGUAAGUUUAAGAUUCUCACUUCAACAGAUUUCUAAUUUCUCACCAAUCACGUGAAUAAGAGCUUCUAGCGUUUAGUGCAUUGUUCUACAACACCAGCAACCUGGUAAUCCAUUCUCAGAAAUCCGCCCAUAUUAGUCACUAAAACGGAUUAGACUUUUUAUCCGUCGGAUCCGUCCAGUUUAAAUCUUGUUAUAACUUCAUUCUUCAUGCAUCCAUCUAUUUCCAGAUACAAUCCGAAUUGGUACAGUCAAUGGCCUAUACCAAUGAAUGGAGCAGUCGGUCUGAACCCAUUCGCAAAUGUGCAAGCGCCGCUUCUGGAGACCAAAAAGGAAGGAGACUUCGAUAAAGGUUAGUGAGAACGCACGUUCCGAACUUCCGUUCUCUAAUCGGUAAUUGCUCCGGGGGCUCGUUACCCAGUCACUUUGACUGAUCUACAAUGUCAGACCCCCACAUUUAGACAGAUUGGAUCCGCAUUCGAAUUCUAGGUAAUCCUAGGAACAUAACUUUUUUACGAGGUGCGUAGGAGAAGAACAUCUGCCCCCGAUGUCCAUGAACAGUCGCCGAAGCGAUAGUUGGACACUUUGAUGGUUCAUUAAAUUGACACUAUCGUUGCAUUUUAUCUACUCCUCACUGGGCCCCCCACCUCCCGCCGAGAGGUUCGCGCAUUCACCCUCAUUAUUCGCACUCAUUACCUACACCAUUCAUCAAAAUCUUGAUACAUUUGAUGGCUUCUUCAGCUUCUGGUUUAAAGCUCUUCAAUGUAUGUUUCUCUGGAUUACUUACAUAUCAUUCGAGCUUAGGAUGUUUGAAUUUGAAUUUUUCAAAGGUCCCUUAUUAUUGAAAUAGAAAAUAGAAACAGGAAGAUAACAUAUUUUUCGGACGAUAGUGAGAAACCUGUUCUGCUUGCACCAGCACCACCACUCGCCGUCAUGUUCUUCCCUUUCUACAGUAAGAAUAGACUAAGCGCCUGACCAAGCGCCCUCCCCUCUUCUCAUUCCUAAAAACAGUGGGCUACUGUAGGCAGACACAGUGUGUAAAAAGAUUGAAGUGAUUGACUUCAACACCCACGCACACACACGCAUGCUUAUCAAAUUGAGAAUGAGCGACGAAAAAUGUUGUGAACAUCACUUUUUGGGAACAUUUGACAGCAUCCGUCAGCACACCGUAUCCGUUUCGAUCACCUGAAGGACAUUAGGAAAAAGUUCGAUGAAACAGUGAUUUUCGCGUGAUACCUGAAGCUAUUGAAGCGCAAAAAUUAGGAAUAGAACACUUCUUCAAAAAUGGGGGUACGGUAGAUUUGAUCAGAAAGGAACGGUUCCGUCGACUAAGAAAUCAUGUGAGAAAGGUUUCGACUUUGGCUAUCACGAACAUUAGUCAUCGAAUUAGGAAAAGCAAAGACAUAAAUCAAUAGGACAAAUUCACGGAACAUAAUUUGAAAUUUAUGUGGCACCGCAACGACUAAUCGAGAAUAAUUGCGGAAAUGAGGUGCGACUCUCUGGAGCGCGACGUCAGAAGGUCUCGUUUUGACUCUCUAACACUUUUCCAUUCAUGCUCAUGUCAUUUUCUAGAAUACUUUGCAAUUUCUAGUAUAAAUUGGCUAAAUAAGUUGACUAUUCUUAAUUUUGAUUCGUCUUGCGACUAAAAGUGUGUUUUAUCUAACACUCAAGAAACGGGAAAAAUUGUAGCUAAUUACUAAGGAAAAUACCGAUUCAACAGAAUAAGCGAACGAAUUGCCAAAAAUAAAGUAAAAAAAAUGAAAUGACAUGACGAAGAAAGAAGGCGAAUCGGAGGAAUGGUUCAGAGUGUCAGUGACAGUAUAAGUUACCCGCCGAGUGACUUUUUACUAAACGAAUUAUCGAGCGACUAAUUUAAUUUAUUCACUAAGACAACAACCAUCAUCGCAAUUUUGCCUUUCCUUCCCUCCACUUCAGUCGUUUAGUUUCUGUGCGGCACCAUCUCGUCCCGCUCUUAUUCGAUGUUAGUUCAUGCUUUUUCUCCUCUUUUUUUGCUAGUUCUUCAAGCGUUCACUUGUAAUGGUCCUAUCCUAUUAUUUCGCAACGUAAAACUGUUCGAUCUUCGUCCAUAAGUUCAGUCUUUACAAAUGAUAAUUUUUGGGUGGGCUUGAGCACCAUCACCACUUCCCUCUUCUUUUGGCUUUGGUCUAAGUUUUGGUUUCCCGUUAUCGCUGAUAUAAUUCGGUAAAAAUUCAGUUCUAACGACCUUCUUAUUCAUUAUGACCUGAAAAAAAAACGUUUUGUCCUGCCAAUAUUACAACUUCAUCACACUCUUCUUCCUACGACCAUCAACUUUAAAAUUGGCAUUUUGUGAGGAGCGAAAAAUGCUUUCACGCUUCACUGAAUUCCUUUUAUCAGAUAACCUCUUUUUGUCUCCUCCCUCUCUUAUCACAUCGCAUCGAAUACCGUACGCAUUGGACCACGUACAUAUGUACGUGAAAACUUUUGAGCGAGAACCCAAAUAGUUCGUUCCCCCCAGAGGCGAAUUAGACACCGAGUGGCGGGCCGAAAGCUCGGUCAUAAAUAUAUGAGGCUUCGCCGUUUUCGGGAGCCAAGUGAAAAAUGAAGCUUCUGAGGCAGAGUGCUGUAUAUCAAUAAUUGGGUGGUGUACGGUAGUAGGCGUGGCCGUCGCCCCCCGUCUUGGACGCUGGUUGACGCGCGACGCCGGUGUCUCCUCGACGAUUGGUCUAUCUGGGCAAGCUGUGGAGGCUGUUUGCUUACUGCGCCUGUCGUCGUGGUCGUCGUCGUCGUUCAAUCUGAGUCUCCACAUCUUACCGAAUUCAUUGGACGCCUCUAAGAUCCCGCCACCACUCCAGCAUACUCUUCACAUCACCCUUUUCAUCUGAUCUUGAUUGCUUCUGACAACCCUUCCUAACCGUUGGCCCCCUGAAGGAGCCUCGGAACGACUGAGAAGCUGUGCUCCACAGGUUUAUUCCCCUUCUACUCAACCUAUUGUAUUCCAUUGGAACCAUCGGAAAUGCAACGUCCCGACUUGUAUGCAAUAGGAGAUCCGCUUCCGAGAUGUGAUCAAUCGUUAAUACGAGUUAAGGAAACACUUUAAUUUAUCAAAUUAUGAAAGAGAAAACGUACACACUCGAUACUCGCCGAUGACCUAAUGUCUAAUUCGAAUUCAUACGUUUCGGAAACUGAAGUGGUCAAAUGCGUUCCUGAUUCGAUGGCAAAUUCGAUUUUCGCAAUUUCACAAAAAGCAGAUUAUCGCAUUCAGUCUGUCAAAUGUCUCACUACGAGGCGGCUGACCCUCCAUUCGCACUUGUUUACUUGAAUCCUUUUCUAGUUUUACCUCAAAUUUUCAUAGCUCCGUCCAUGUGACAAUUAGUCCCACUUUCUCUCCUCAUUAGCACAAAUAUCACGCAAUAUUCCAAAGGUUUUUCGACGUAAACAAAGUGUGAUAGGUAGCUCGUGCCGCUAUCGUAGCACUCAUUUUGAAAUCCAAAGUCUUCUGACACAUCCUUCUGCCCAUCUGAUCUGCGUCUCGUGUUUCUACGGUAUUGCGUGAUUCUCUGACGGCAACUUUCGAACCGUCCACAGGGGGGGACACUGGCCCGCCCCUCGACUAUCAGUCAGUGGUCAUACAGUCUCUGUCAAGAGAUGAUAUCAGCCCACGCUCCCUUGGUGUCUCUCAAGGCACCAGUUCCAACUCGCCGAGCUUCCACUAUUCGUAAGACCGCUCGUGUCGGUAAAUUCUCGCCAUGUACGUGAUGAAUUCGUUUUCCCAUUCCGCUCCUCCAGCUCAUAUCCGUUUUUCGCCAAAAUCUGUGCGUAAUGAGCAGGUUCUCAUGCGUAGCACCAUCCUUCAUUAAGAGCGGAUUUCCGACCAUUUCCAACGGAUGUUGGGGCAAGCUUAGUGUUAGGCGUAGGAUACAUUAGUGCCAUUUCCGGCACUUCUCGCCUCUUCCCUACCUUCCACGAUAAUCCCGCAUAGUAACUUUUUCAGAUGAGGACCAAAAACCUCCAGUUGACCAAGAGGAUGAUGCGGCCGCCAGGAUGCGAUUGAAACGGAAAUUGCAAAGAAACAGAACGUCUUUCACACAAGUUCAGAUUGAGAGUCUUGAGAAAGGUAGUUUCGGAAAUUAUUCUCGACGGGAUGCUGGAGGUUUGAAUGUUUCAGAAUUCGAAAGGACCCACUAUCCAGAUGUGUUUGCGAGGGAGCGUCUUGCCCAGAAAAUCCAACUACCGGAAGCGAGAAUUCAGGUGGGUCCUCCAUAUCAGAUGUCUAAUGAGCCGUGUGCGCAAUAGUUGCCUAAUCGCUGAACCAUCCUCCCUAUCAAAGUUCCAAUCGUUUGUCACUCAGCCCAUGAGGCCUUCCGUCAGUAGCCGGACGGUAAUGUCAACUAAUCAUCUCGACCCUGACAUAGUUGACUAACACGGUUGGGCUGAAAUGUCAGCGGGCGCAAAACUAUGCCAUCAGCAGCCAGUCUUGUGUUCAAGAGGCUCUUCUCUUGUCACUGUCCUCGACACACUUGAACUGCCAACACUUUCUAAACCUGUUCUCGCCUCUUCCCUUUGACUAUUCUUGAAAGAGGAGAAAAGGAGAAAUGGCGAGGAUUGUCGAAAAAUUCCUUAAAAAACACAUGCAUGGGUCGCGGGACAGAAGAAUUUGAAGUGAGAAGACUGGGGUUUUUCGGGAAGAAGAAGGGCACUGCCAUUUAUCUUUAUUAGCGAUAGCGAUACUCUUCCCUUUCUGUUCGUCUUUUGGACAUACGGACUCGCACAUUUAUCUUUUUGUUAGUUUUGCCAGCUGAGAAUUGGGUGGUCGCAUUUUGAAAUUUUCGGGACGAAAUAUGAAUUCCAAAUGUUUAGGUGUGGUUUUCAAACCGACGCGCAAAGUGGAGACGGGAGGAAAAAAUGCGGAACAAGCGGUCUUCCGGGCCGAUUGACUCUUCGCUCUCGAACGGAACGCCGACGCCGACGCCGGGAUCAGUGACUGGAAGUAACAUGACAAAUCCGAUCGGAUCUCCGGCCUCCACGCCGAACCGAUUCUCAUCGAAUAGUUCUGCGAACCUUCCAACGACGAACUUUGUCCCGCCGGCCAAUCAGAUGUACACCGGGCUCAGUCAGCAGACUAUGGAUCACUUCGGAGGGUGAGUAGUCGCGUGCAAAAGAUCAAAAAUCAAGAGGUUACCGUAGUAAAAGUGAAUGAUAAGAAUGACUUGAUUUUACUUGACCUAAAGACUUGUCAGCUGAAUAGUGACGCGUAGUUGUAGUCGAGUUUGUAGAGUUACAGUAAGCCCUUUGGUUUCAGGUACGCGUUUGCGAAUGGUCUCGGAAUGACGCCGUAUCAACCGACCGCCGACUUCAACCAUCAUAUGUUCCAGCCGGGAAGAUCGCCAUAUGAUACAUUCAAUGUAUAACCCUUUUUCCCCCAAUUCUCAUCCACACUGUUCUGUUUUCAGCCAUAUGCCCGGAUGCCAACUAACGCCCACGGUUUCCAACCGGCAAUGAGUCCAGCCACGACGAACGUUGGAGGUAAGAAGGAUCCCCCGCACUUUUACGGGAGAAACCCAUAAACUAAAACGGGUAAUUGAUUUGGAAGUGAUAAAAAAGCAAGCGGCCGGCUGAUGGCUUCGCGUUUUAAUGUGUUGAAAGGCAAGGAGAGGGAAAGAGAGAGUGAUUAUCUCUAGUGCUUCAAAUCCUUCGUCAUCACCUCCAUCACAGCCGCGUAAAUUCCAUAGGCAUCUGCUACCGUACUCCGUGCCUGCCUCCCUCCCAACCAUCCACUGUAUCGGCCUUCCUUCCCUCACUAUUUCUUUGUCUGUUGUGUGACAUAUGCCUCUGUUGGCUGUCACCUCACAUUUAUGUCCAAUACAAUAUGCGUUGGGAUCAGCACGAUACGUUUACCUAUACGUUUUUUGGGCGCACACGUCUGCGGGGAGUGUGAUGAUAAACAAUGAUAUGAUUUCAGAACUUCCGGCCAUCACUACCGGCAUGACUCUGCCGGUUUCUGCGGUGCUCAACUCCAUCGACCAAUCGCUUAGCCACACGCAGAUGCACGAGCUCACCGACAUCACGCAAUCCCAUGAACACUACUGGAGAGCCUAA